GGGGCCAUGGCGCGGAGCUGGGGCCGCGUGGGGGCGCUGAGCGGGGCCGCAGCAGUGGGGGCCGCCGCUUACGGGGCGCACGGCUUUCGGCGCAGUGACCGGGACGACUACCAGAAGGAGCUCUACGAGACGGCCAACAGGUACCACUUCCUCCACAGCCUGGCGCUGCUGGCCAUCCCCCACUGCCGCCGUCCCCUGCUGGCUGGCGCGCUGCUCACCUCCGGGAUGGGGCUCUUCUGUGGACCCCUGUAUUACCACGCGUGGAGCGGAGACCCGACUUUCAACAAAGCGGCCCCCUACGGGGGCUCCCUCCUGAUCCUUGGCUGGCUGGCGAUGGCUCUCUGACCCCCCCCCCCCAGACUCCCUGGCAGCCCCCCAACCCCCCCGGCACCGGGGCUGCUGGUCCCCCCACUUCCGCACAACAGUAUGGCUCCCCCUCCCCAUCACCAGGCCUCCUGGCCAUGCCCCCCAGCUGGAUUGUCACUCAAGCCCCGCCUCCUGUGUUUGGGCGUGGCUUUCUCCAGCACGCAUUCCCCCCAUUGGCUGGGAGACAUAGCCAAUAGGUGAACAGGGGUGGGGGCAUUGACUUUGCCAAGUGCUGACCAAUCGGAGAGCUGGGCUUUAGGCGUGCCCAUCACUCAUUGGCUGGGCACAAAGCGGGCCUGGAUCUGCAACCAAUGGCAAAGCAGGAGUCCCUCCUCCCCCAUUGGCUGAGCUGGUGGCCAAUCAGAAGGCUGUCUCUGGGGGGCUGCUGUCAUUGGUCAAGGGAGUUCUCGCCCAGGGACCAACUUUCUAGCCAAUGGGAGGAGAGCUCUUCAUUCAUUGGCUGAUGCUGAGGAGUUGGCGGGCACUAGGCUAAACCUUGUCCUAUCACAGGCUGCCUGGGUUCUGAUUGGCUGGGAGGAGCAGGCGAGCGGGAUUGUCACUUCAUGGGAAAAAUCAAUUGAUUUGACAAUUUUUUUGGUCAAUUUCUUUUUAACUAAUGAAUCAAUAAAUGCUAAUUUCUACUCUGA